AUGACACCCAGCCGCAAGAUUAUCGUUGGCGCGAACGGCUCGGGCAAGACGCAAAUCCUCUGGGCAAUUAUCGUCUUCUUGCGCGGCCACAACUCCCGUAUCCCCAGCUCCCAGCACUUCAAGAACACAGAGUUCAACUUUUCAGGUGAAUUGCAAGACCUCUUUGGCGACCGACUCUUCGUCAAUCAGUACAAGGCGCCACACACGCUCGUCCGUGUCGGCGCGCCAGACAAGAAAUUCACGCUCACGGGCACGUUCCAUGACACCAAGUACCAUCACACCAACGAGAACGUGAUGCUGGAGUAUUCGCUCAGAGACGGUUUGCUUCAAGACAAACCCGACAACCACCGGUCACUUGCCCCAAUCCGCUUCGCCUUCAUGCCACCGAUGUAUCAGUGGGGAGACAUGAUGGAGGAAAGGCUCAGAGAGUGCAUGUUCCUGACCGCUGGAGUUCAGCAUAUGCGUGUCCGGCUGGUUCAGGCAAAAAAAGACUUUGUGAACGAUGGGCUCCGUCACCUCGGUCUUCAAGCCACCGUCUCUGCGGUUCGCGAUGGCAACUAUGGACCGGUCACGGCCACUGUCACCGAGAACGGAGUCACCCUUGACAUUGGUGCCUGCGCCGGCUCGCUGCAGAAGAUUAUUGCCAUUCUGACGCUUCUCUACCAUCUGACCGCUGGCGCAACCAUCAACGCUGCGCAAGACGACGCGCGCGGAAAGAACAUUGAGCACGAGCCGAGUCCCUUCAAGCAGCGCAUCUUCCUCAUCGACGAGCUCGAAGCACUGCUCUGCGAAAAUGUGACAGCCAAGCUGUAUGACUUUCUCGUCAGCAUGUGCGACAAGCACAACAUUCAGCUCAUUGUCGCGACCAACUCGCGCGCCAUCAUCGAUCCGCGCAUGAAAACGGACCAACAGAUUAUGUUCCUCACUCCGGAUGGCAAGGUCGUCGAGCUGACAGGCGAACUGCCCACGGACGAGCAAGGUCACCCUUCCCUCUAUCCAAUCCUCAACGCACUCAGCCAAGUCAAGGACAGCAAGCCGAUUCUUGUUGUUGAGGGUGACAACGACGAAGAGUUCUACCGCAAGUACACGACCCUCGGCCAGCACUUCCACUUUGUGACCACAUCGGGUGCCGUCAACAAGCAAGGUGUUUCCAACAUUCUGACGCAGGCCAAGCUCAAGCACGUCUUUCUCAGAGACAGUGACAUGUACGCCGCUUCGCCCGAUCUCCCAGCCGCCCAGGCUCGGAUCACAAAAGUUGUUGGCGCUUCCGUCGUCUACACGCUGCUGCCGUGCAUUGAGUCGUACUUGAUUCUGCACCGACUGCUCAGGAGCACGGACGUAGACACUCGGCGUCUCAGGGUUGUCCAGGCCCUUCCGCAGCGCAAGUGGUACUUUGUCUCGAACUUCAAAGCGUUCUGCAGAGAGUCCUCUGAUUCGGCCCUCGCGAGUGCUUCAGGUCCUGGCGAGACAUUGCAGGAUCGCGCGAGUGAUUUGGCGUCAAGUGAGAACAACGAUACCAUGGCCAUGCUCGAUAUGGUCGAUCGCGUGCACGCAGACUCGCAAGACGACUCGGACGUGCUUUGGAACGAGAUGCUCGCCCAGCUGACGACCAAAGUCACUUCGACUGGGAGCGAAGAUCGCGUCCUGUUUUGGACCACGUACGUCAAGAUGGUUUGCGGCCAUGACCUGAUGCCGAACGCGGCGAGCGUGAUGGGCGGCCUCAAGCUCGAAAAUCUUCAUCCCGGCGUCAAAGCCCUACUUGACCAAACCGAGCAGGCUGUUCUUGCGUGUGUGCGUUGA